AUGAAAUUCAAAGGAGAAUCUGCUGGUAUAUGUUGUUCAAAUGGAACUGUUCGUAUUCCUAAUAUUGAUGAACCACCAGAAUCAAUGGAAACUCUUUUGGAAAGUUCAACAAGUAUUUCAGAAUACUUUUUAGAAAAUUUUGGAGUGGUAGAAACUAUUGUCGAAAAUGAUAUGCCUACAUUUAAAAUAAGAGGUCAAGUGUCAAGUAUCAUUUAG